AUUAAUAACCUGGAGAAAUCCAUUGCUGCUGCUCACACAUUCCUUCAAAAGAAUCCUAAAGAUGCUGCAAUGCAGAAGAAAAUGGCUUAUUAUAAAACCAUCCCAGACAUCGAGACUUACCUUGUUGAUGUGGAAGCACGGGAACAUGAGACGUUGUUUCUGAAGGCUGUGAAGGCUUAUAACGUUGGGAAUUUCCGCAGCUGUAUAACUGACAUGGAGCAUGCACUCCCUGAGUACUACAAAGUGUAUCAGGAAUGUGUCAGUGGCUGUGAAGAAUCAUGUGAUGUAACUGCUUUCAAGGACUUUUACCCAGCUGUGGCAGAUCAUUAUGUAGAAACACUGAAAUGCAAAGUGCAAUGUGACCAGAAUUUAACUCCCAAUGUUGGUGGAUUCUUUGUGGAGAAGUUUGUUGCGACCAUGUAUCAUUACCUACAGUUUGCGUAUUACAAAUUGAAUGAUAUUAAGAAUGCAGUGCCUUGUGUCGCUACCUACAUGCUCUUUGACCCACAAGAUGAAAUCAUGAAGCAGAACCUGAUAUAUUAUCGUUUUUAUCGGGACCAGUGGAGUUUACAGGAAGAGGAUUUCCAGCCUCGCAGUGAUGCUCAUCUCUAUUAUAACCAGACUCAGCAACAGAUUCACUUACUGGAAUUUGCAGAUACCUUCUUGCAGUCGGAUGAUGAGAUGGAAGUGUCUGAUGAAACAUUUUCCCAGAGUGAGGUAAAUACAACUGAUGAAGAGUUUGAGGGAGAAGGUGAUUAUGAGGAAGACAUCCUUGCUGAUUGGUGGCAGCAGCCAAAACAGAAAGGAGAUUUGGACGAUGUAUCUAAUUAAAUAUGGACUGGACAAUGUGCCCGAUACCUCAGACAUUUUGUGUGUGUGUGUGUGUGUGUGAGAGAGAGAUGAUGGAAAUCAGUGUGAUGGUCAAAGGUUACAAGUUGAGAGAUAAAUUUGUGUGUUUUAAUGUUUCCGCAAGCUGUUACACUGAGUGGGAAGGAUAAGAUGUGAGAAAGAGAGAGCGUGUGCAAGCAUCAGAGGUGCUGGAAGUUGGAAGAAUAUGUUUUGAAAUGUCACUGGUUUUCUGAAAGUCUCCAUAUUAAUCAACCUCAAUGUGCACCUAUUUAUGGUUUUAGAGAAGUUGAGUCAUAAAAUAUGAACAAACUCCUGGAAAUACUGAGCAGGUCAGGCAGCAUGUGAAGAGACACACCGAGUUAAUGUUCUGAGCUCCUUCAUUUCUGAAGAGGAGUCCGUUUGCUGUUUCUUUCUCUGUCGAUGCUGAGUAUUUGAUUUGAUUUCAUGUUUCUAGCAGCUGCAGUAAUUUGCUUUUACACAAGAAACAAAAUCUGACCUGUCCAGAAUUCUUUCUGCAGCAGCUUUGUACCUAGUCCGUUGCUAUAAUCUGCUCUGUCAAAGCCUGUAUCUACAGAAUCUUGCAGCACAAAAAUGAGGCUAUUCAGCCCCUUUGUGUCUGUGCAAGCUCUUCAAAAGAGCUACCCAUUCAUCUCUCACCCUGUAGCAUUAUAUGUUUCUCCCAUUAAAAUCUUCAUCCAAUUCCACUUUACAUUUCGGUCUGUUAUUCUUUUGCAGGUCAUUUCCAUUUCUUGUGCCCUCUCUGAGAGGGGGCUGCCUAUUGAAGAGUUGGGGUUGAGAGGGGGAGGGUGUGGAUGGGGCUCUGAGCUGAUGAACAACACCAACACCUUUUGCAACAUGAUAAAGGCAGGGAGGGAAGUAAUUGUUGGUGUUGGUGAGAGCACAAUUUCAACUGCCUACUCACCCAGACCUGAGUAUUAGUUAGUUCCCUGUGGGGUUCCCUGUAACGAACAGGGAACUUUGAACAGAAAUGUUGCAAAUAACUUUUUCUUUGCCUGUCAUCAUUUCCAGCAGCUUCCUGUUGGGUCUAUCCCAGUGUAGCCCGGGCUGAAUUAGUUGAUGUAAAGACAAUGAUGGCCCUGUAACUCUGUCACCGACCUGGCUGCAAUCUGCAGGGACUACUCAGAGAUUGAGUGAGACCUACACCUCUCCCUGUGAACAGGUGAGAAUGGGUUACCUUGGAUCCACAGUAGCAUCCCCACCUUUCCCAUUGUCGGUGUCUUUUAAAAAUAUUUAAUAAAUUAAAAUCUUAAAAGACAAUGAGGUGACACUAUUUCCUGUUAAUGGGCCAG